AUGGUCAAAGAUGUGCAUUCUGGUCCAGGAGAGGUGACUCCUCCGAAGAAGAAAGCCGUGUUUCCCUAUCACAACUCGCUGACCGCCAUCUGUCUUGUCUGUGUUCAACCGGUGUUCCCACGGAUCCUCCCCUUCAGGUCAAACAAGGACCAGCCAAGCCCUGCGCUUGACGUCAUGCGGCUGACUGAAGUAUCUUCUUGUUCCACAGACGAGGUUGAGUGCUUCUCAGACUACAUGGUCCUGUGGAUACCCAGAAGCCAUGUGGAGGGUUUGAGGCAGUGGCUGAGCAGAAUCCUGCACUUGCCAGGGACCCAGAGGAACCCCAACCACCUGGAUUCUUUUCUUGCCAUGGGCUGCUUCCUGCAUCCGGAUCCCAAUGGGGACUUCAUUUUUCGAGUCCGAUGCUUGGCUUGCUUCCUGCAGAAGGAGGUGGCAAAUUACAGGUUAGAAAUCAGAAUAUUUCAAAGAGGGGUGAAAAGGUUGGAGCAGAGUGACUGCUAUAUAAUGAAGUGUCCAGUGACAAUGUCCAGGCUGGGCCAAGAUAGCGUCCACUGUGGGCCCAUUGUUCUGCAGGUCUCCCUGCCCCUGCCCCUGGGAAGCACCAGAGGACAGACCCCAUGGCUGCUGUCCCUUCGAGGGGAGCUGGUUGCCUCUCUGGAAGAUGCCAGCCUGAUGGGAUCAUACGUGGACAUCAAUACCAUCAUCAUCAUCGUCCUAAGCCCAAGGCAAGACCUUCUUCAGAGGCGGGAGGUGCUGAACACUCCACGGAGCUCCCUCCACUGGCUGGUGAGUGGCUGCUCUGCCUGCUCUUUAGAAGCCGCUUGCCCACCGUUGUUAUCCCAGCCAGAGUCGGAGGUCUUAAUUCACAUCCCCAAGCAGACUGGUCUGGUCAAAAGAGGUUCCCACUUGGAGGAAGCCCUGAGACUAAAAUUCCGUUCAGUUCACCAGUCCAGCAUCUUCACAAUGACUGAAAACAGGGACUCUGCGGUGGUCAGUGUCCCAGCGGCUGAAAUACUCCUGGCCCAGCAAUACCAGGAGGCCCAAGGAGCCCCGGGAACGCAGGCUUUCUAUAGGGCGGCCCUGAGCCUGGAAUGCGCCGAAAUGGCACCUCCAUCCUCUUCUUCCGGAGUGAGUCACCCUGAGAGUGUGCCUGCUCGUUCCACACCCAACCUGGUAAGUGGUGGUGUCAGAGUCCUAGCAGUUGUCCAGGCUAGCCCCGGGUCCCCACAUCCAGUCACCCCAGCCCCCACGGCCCCAACCCUGCAUUUGUCCUCAGAUGUCUCUUCUCCGAGGUCUGAACAGUCCAAAGUGCUCCUGGUCUCAGGGUUGUCGGUCACCCUCACUGACCGUUUAGAAACUAUAAGGCUUGAGCAGGACCCUGCCCAGCCACCAGGAAGUCCCCUCCUGCUGGGAGGGUUGUCAGGUGGUAUGACUGCAACCGAGCCCAUGCAGGGGCCUGGCCAGGCUGGUAAGGAGGUCCUGCCACUGACGAGGCCCUCGAUGACCAGCCUGGCUGAAGAGGCCUCAGGUUCCAUGUCCCCCAGAGAGCCCCAGAAAACAUUCUUCAUAAUGGAGGGUGCGGGGCCACCCCAGAGUGGGCCUGGCCUUCCCGGGAAGGGGGCCAGAGGGCACCUGGACCUGUCAUCCCCAGAACCAGCUCAGGACACGGAGGGCCCAGGACUCGCCCUCCUGCUGGGGACGCUUGCCACAGUCACUGCCCCAACGGCGAAUACUUCCAAGCUGCCAGCAGAAAGCAGCCACCUGACAGCCCUUCUGGAGAGCCCUCUGGCCUCCACCUCCAAGAAGCCCACAGCCUCAGCUGUGGGAGGGUCAGCUAGAGCCCGAGGCCCAGAGUCAGCCCCUCGCUGGCCGUGGGAACAGGAUGAGCAGGGGGCUGCACAGCAGCCAGCAAAUGCUGAGCCCCUGGCUCCCGUGGGCGUUUCCUCACCCAGCCUGGCAGAGCCUGCAGAUCCUUGCCCUGCUGCAGGAGAUGACCCCCGGCAGGAGCCGACAGAGCCCACGUUAGCAACCAGCCUGGAAAGUCACCGGCCUCCUGAGCUUCAGAAUAGCAUGGAAGGCCUUCAGCCACAGUUUCAACAUCUCUGGGGGGCGGGCAGCUGGCACCCCGCUGGCCUGGACAGCUCCAGUGACCCCGUUGUCCCCCAGGGACACCAGCGCUCGCAGGAGCCCUGGCUCCAAAGCCCAGCUGUGUGGCCUGAGCUGGAGCAGCACCUGGUGCUCCCCUGGAAGGAUGGCACCGCCCCCUCCCCUCCAGGCCGGCCCAUCACUGGAAAUAAGUCGGUGGAGGCGGCUGCCGCUGAGUACACGCUGGCCUGCGGGGCAGAUGACCAGGCCUCCGACCAGACAGGCAGCUCCUCUGGGAAGGGACCUGUCCGACACCUGUCCCCACAUGGCUUCUAA